AUGCCGCACGAGGACACUCCGCCCCAUACCGGGACGCCUGAGCCGCUCCGCGAGCCGCUCGCUACCCAGAGCGCCGUCCAGGAGUGGGAGGGGACGCUGAAGCGGCAGCUGAGUGCGGUGCUGGCCGCCGUCAACGCGGCAGCGGCGGCGCAGCACGCAGUCGCGGGCCGCGCGCGCCUCCCCGCGGUCGUGCGGGACCUGUCGAGAGCGCUGGACGCUGCGCUGGAGCAGGCGGUCGCGGCCGGGCGCGGAGGGGGCGCUGGGGCCGGCGGGGAGCCAGGCGCUGACGCGCACGAGACACACGGCGUCGCGGUACUGGCGCCGCUCCCUCUGGGGGCGGGCCGGCGAUGCACUGCGACCGACCAGGCGGCUGGAGAGGCUCCACCGACGAGGCCGCACAAGAUGCCGCGCGCCGACGACGGCGAGGCCAGGGUGCAGGACGCGGCGAUCGAGACGUGCGCGCUGCUGGGGCUGCUCGGGCCGGCCGUCGCCGGGCUGCCUGACGCGGACAAGGUCGCCCUCGCCGCCACGUCGUCGGCGAUGCUGUGGGCGGUCCUGGACAGCAGCUCGGCGGCGCGCUGGACGGCGGUGGGACGCGACCUGGGCACGCGGGUGGGGACCAAGCUCUUCGAGAGGGUGUCCGGAGGCUCUCUGGGGGGCUGCGGCAAGCCUGCUCGGGGCCUGGUCGGCUGGACGCAGGACGUGCAGCCCGGGCGCAAUGACCCGUGCCCGCACUGGUGGGCGGGCUCGGACGUGGAGCUGGCGUCGUCGAUCGCGCGGCUGUCCGGCUUCCUGGAGCUGGGAGGCUCGUUCAUCACGCCGGACAUGACGGGCCUCCGGUGCAUCGACGUGAGUGCGUGCGGGAUUAAGCCCCUGGCCGUCGCCAACUGGCUGCCGCCGAGCGUCGCGCCACGCAUCGAGGAGCUGAUCCUGUGCGGCUUAUCUUCCGUCCCCGAGGGCAUGAGCAGCCUUGCCGUGUUCGACAUCGAGGGCUGCCGCUACCUCGACAGGGUCUGCUUGCCCGCGUCGAGCGGCCGCGCGCUGCGGAAGCUCAAGGCGGCUGACAGCUCCCUCCGUCAGCUGCCCGAGGGGAUGUCGGCCCUCGAGGAGCUCGACGUGGAGCGCUGCAAAUGGCUGAACGACGGCUUCCUGCCGGCGAGCAGCGCAGCCAACGUUCGCGUCGUCAAGGCGGAGGAAUCAAGCAUCUCCCGUCUGCCCGGGGGGAUGGGUCGCCUGGAAGUCCUGGACGUCAACUGCUGCGGGAACCUGGCACGCGACGACCCCCUACCGCAGUCGAGCGCCAUGGCGCUCGUCAACCUCGACGCCCUGGCAAGCAACUUUUCGAAGCUGCCGGAGCACAUGCCUGCGCUGGAGGUGCUCGACGUGUCUGCCAGCGACGUGACAGUCGUUCCGGCUGGGGCGGUGUCACGCCUGCGAGAGCUCGCCGCAAACGAGCGCAUUCUGUCAGGGCUGCCGGGAUCGCUGCCGGCGCUCGAAGUUGUUCGUUUCCACAGCUUCGAAGACGUCCAGGCCGCGUACGAAGACGUCCAGGCCGCGUACGAAGACGUCCAGGCCGCGCCCGAGCAUGACGACGACCACGACGACGACGACCACGACCACGACCACGACCACGACCACGACCACGACCACGACGACGACCACGACCACGACCACGACCACGACCACGACCACGACCACGACCACGACGACGCUGUGCGGGACGAGGGCAGCGUCGUCUCGAUGCCCCGUCUGCGGGUCUUUCAUCUUGUGAACGACAAGAUCGACAUGACGGAGGACAGCCGCGCUGCGCAGUGGGCGAAGGCCAUGCUCUCUAGGAUGACCGGGCGGCCAGUCGACCUGGCACCGACGGGCGCGGCUGACGAUAGCACGUGA